AUGUUAUGUCUUUUUGCUAUUAUUUAUCUUUUAGGACAUGUACUAUUUAUUAUAUUUGCAUGGAUUAUACCAAAACGACGACAAAAAAUAUUUUUAAAAAAAAUGCCUCAAGCAAAUAAUAUAUCAGAUGAAAAUCAAUUAAUUGAAUUAGAAAAUCUACUUGGUUAUGAACGUAGCAUGGAUAAAAUAACAAUUGAUUAA